AUGUGCCGAGACCACGGUGAGUUUGGAGCAGCGGGAAUCUACAGUAAAUUGCUGUUAACACCGAUUGACUUGAGUUACGUUGGAACGGACCAAGCAAAGGCAGAAUAUUACAACAGAUUAGUUGAUGCGCUCAGUGAAAUGGACGAAACAGAUCAAGCAAAAGACAACUAUAAGCGUGCACUAGAGAUUCAACUGAAAAAGCUGGGACCUGAACAUGUUCACGUUGCAAGCACUUACAACAGUCUUGGUGAUUCACUCAGUAAGCUGGGCGAAACAGAUCGAGCAAAAGACUACUAUGAGCGUGCACUAGAUAUUGAACUGAAAAAGCUGAGACCUGAACAUGUUGACGUUGCAAGAACCUACGGAAAUUUUGGUAAUUUACACAGUAAGCUGGGCGAAAAAUAUUAA